AUGGCAGCCACCCGAAACCGCCAUCUCCGAAGCGACCGCAACAUGUUCUCCGCCUCCGAUGACAACGCCAUGAUGAAACACAUUGUCGCCACCCAUUCUCCCGAUGGCACUCUUUUCAAUGUCCGACCACUUAUCCAAAUCAUCGAGGACAUCAUGCAGAGGGUCGAUCCGGUCGCCGCUGUUGACGCCACCGCCCACCUUCAUGAAAAUAUUCAAGCAGAAUUGGCUCCCAUGGCUGACACUGAAAUCUAUAAUGAUCUCAAUGAUAUGCUUGAAAUUAUGGCAAUCACAAUCAAUAAGGUUUCGUGCGAGAUUUCUUGCAAAUGUACGGGCGGAGGAGAUGCUCAUGCAACCACGACGGAGCUUUUUCAUCUACUUUCCAAUUACGGGUGGGAUGCAAAAGCUGCCAUUACUCUGGCAGCUUUUGCUAUGAAUUAUGGCGAGUUUUGGUUGGUGGCUCAGCUCUACACUGCUAACCCACUCGCCAAAUCAUUAGCCCACCUGAAGCAAUUGCCAGACAUAAUAGAGCAUGGUGAAGUUUUGAAGCCACGUUUUGAGGCGGUCACCACCCUGAUCAAGGCCAUGCUCGAUCUCACUCUUUGCAUCGUUAAGUUUAAGGAGCUCCCGAGUCAGUAUAUCAGCGUAGAUACGCCAGAACUAGCAACGGCCACUGCUCAUAUCCCGACUGCUGUUUAUUGGAUCAUCCGAAGCAUUGUGGCUUGCACAUCCAUACUUAUGAACCUCAUCGGAAUGGGACAUGAGCAUAUUACGACGACGACAGAAGCUUGGGAACUAUCAAGUUUGGCCCAUAAGAUCAGCAAUAUUCAUGAUCAUCUACGGCACAACUUGCAACUUUGCAAUCACUACAUUAACGAAAAGCAGCAAAUCGAAGCAUACGAAACGCUGCUUCGCGUCAUGGAUACUCCACAUCUCGAUAACAUCAAGCCUCUUAAGCAUUUGAUCUACUUGAAAGACGAUCAACUUCCACUCUACAAGAGCUCUACAAAGAGUCGGGUUAGCAUCGACGUAGUAAGGAAGAAGAUCGUGUUGCUCCUCAUCUCGGAUCUCGACAUAUCCCCAGAUGAGAUCUUGUUGCUUGACCAAAUGUACAAGGAGGUCGGGGUCGGUCCGGACCAAUUUGAGGUGGUGUGGCUGCCGGUCGUGCCGAAUCACAAGUCCUUACCGUGGACCGAAGUGAACCAAAAGAAGUUCGAGGUUCUGCAAAACAUGAUGCCCUGGUUUUCAGUGUUCCACCCCUCGUUACUUGAUCCAGCUGCCAUCAAGUACAUUAAGGAGGUGUGGCAUUUUAACCACAAGCCGUUGCUUGUGGUUAUGGAUCCUCAUGGGAAUAUAGUCAACCCGAACGCAAUGUAUAUGAUUUGGAUUUGGGGAAUCGUCGCUUUCCCAUUCACGAGAUUGAGGGAAGAAUCCCUUUGGCGAGACGAAGAUUGGAGGAUCGAAUUACUAGUCGAUUCCAUUGAGCCAAUGAUUCUCGAUUGGAUUCGUGACGAUAAGUACAUUUGUUUGUAUGGAGGUGACGACUUGGACUGGAUACGAAAGUUCACGAAAACCGCACGAUCGGUGGCGAAGGCUGCUGGAAUCCAGCUCGAGAUGCUAUACGUCGGAAAAAGCAACCCGAAAGACAAAGUUCGAAAGAUCAACGAUACCGUCCAACGAGAAAAACUUAGCGACGUGCUCCCGGAUCUGAAUCUCAUUUGGUAUUUCUGGGUCCGAUUAGAAAGCAUGUUGCACUCGAAAUUGCAGCACGGCAAGUCUUUCGAGGACGAUCCGAUUCUACGCGAGAUCAACGUGAUGCUCACAUACGACGGAAACGAUCAGGGAUGGGCGGUGAUUUGCCGCGGAUCAAAAGAAUGGAUGCGGAGGGCGAACGGUGAUACGGUGUUAACGAGCUUGACGAACCAUUCUGAAUGGGAGGAGGACGCCGGGAAACGAGGUUUUUUGCCGGCGUUGAAUGACCAUUUGGAGGCAAAUCGGUCGGAACACCAUUGUAACCGGCUGAUCUUGCCGGGAACCACCGGGAUGGUGCCGGAGAGAGUGGUUUGUGCUGAAUGUGGACGACCGAUGGAAAGAUUUAUAUUGUAUCGAUGUUGUACGGACUAA